GGCAGCAGAGGCGGCAAUUCAAACGGAAGUGGCUCAUGUCAGCAGGGUAGAUGAUUCCUACCGUAGCAUCGGUUUCUAUCCCGUGUUACAACCUGGUUCACCAUGAAUCCGCUAACGAAGGUGAAGUUGAUCAACGAGCUGAACGAGCGUGAGGCCAACCUCGGGGUGAAAGAGUCUGUCUCCUGGCACACGGAGUACAAAGACAGCGCCUGGGUGUUUGUCGGAGGAUUUCCGUACGAGCUGACUGAAGGUGACAUCAUCUGCGUCUUCUCUCAGUACGGAGAGAUCGUCAACAUCAACCUGGUUCGGGACAAGAAGACGGGGAAGUCCAAAGGCUUCUGCUUCAUCUGCUACGAGGACCAGAGGAGCACCAUCCUGGCUGUGGACAACUUCAACGGCAUCAAGAUUAAAGGUCGGACGAUCCGCGUGGAUCACGUCAAAGACUACCGUCCCCCCAAAGACACAGAGGACAUAGACGACAUCACCAAACAUCUGAGGGAGGAGGGCUGCGCUCCCAAAGCCCACGAGUCCUCCGCCUCCUCCUCCGAGGAAGACGAGCAGUACAACAUACCUGUGAAGAAGCCCAAAAAAGACAAGAAAGAGAAGAAGAAGAAGAAAGAAAAGAAGAAGAAGAAGGAGAAAGAGAGGGCAGGUCGGGCACUGCACUCCUCCUCUUCAUCACCUCCACCUCCUCCUGCCGUCAGAGUCAAAGAGGAGAAGGAGGACGCUGCCUACGACAAGUACAACCAGAGGAAGGCGCCGCCGCCAGGGGGACAACAGAACGGACAGAGAGCAAGAGAGAAUGAGAGACUGCGGGGGGAGGAGGACAGGAGGAGGGAGAUGGAGACAGACAGGAGGAGAGAGAUGGAGACAGACAGGAGGAGAGAGAGACAGGAGGAGAGAGACGGAGACAGACAGGAGGAGAGAGAUGGACACAGACAGGAGGAGAGAGACGGAGACAGACAGGAGGAGAGAGACGGACACAGACAGGAGGAGGGAGAUGGAGACAGACAGGAGGAGAGAGACGGAGACAGACAGGAGGAGAGAGAUGGAGACAGACAGGAGGAGAGAGAUGGACACAGACAGGAGGAGAGAGACGGAGACAGACAGGAGGAGAGAGACGGACACAGACAGGAGGAGGGAGAUGGAGACAGACAGGAGGAGAGAGACGGAGACAGACAGGAGGAGAGAGAUGGAGACAGACAGGAGGAGAGAGAUGGACACAGACAGGAGGAGGGAGAUGGAGACAGACAGGAGGAGAGAGACGGACACAGACAGGAGGAGAGAGAUGGACACAGACAGGAGGAGAGAGACGGAGACAGACAGGAGGAGAGAGACGGACACAGACAGGAGGAGGGAGAUGGAGACAGACAGGAGGAGAGAGAUGGACAUAGACAGCGAGAAGAGGAGAGGAGGAGAAAUCGUGAGAGGGACGGCGACAGAGACAGAGAGGGCGAC